AUGUCCAGCAGGAAGUCGUCCAGCACCAAUCUGAAGGCCCUCGUGCUGACGGGCCCCCCGUGGUCCAGCCUCUCGGAAACCACGCAGCGGCUCCGGUUGCAGCCGCCUCUCCGCGCCGCGCUGCAGCUCUUCCGUGGAGCCCCGCGCAGCCCAUCCCGCCGCGCUUCCUGCUCCGCGUCAGUAGCUGCCGCGAGCCACGCAAGGAGCGACGACGUCCCGGGUGGAAGCGGCUCGGACAGCAGGCUGGUUCCCCAGGCAGAGACGUUCUCCACCGGACAGCAGGAGCUCACCUCCCCGCUCUCGUUUCCAAAGUCGAGAGGACCCGAUCCAGCAGGUGCUCAGCUCGGGGACCAUCGGGCGACUAUUCCUGGACCCUACCUCACUGGGCAGUGGCCUGGUGACCCCCGUGCGCACUACCCAUCGUGUAUGAAAGAUAAAUCCACACAGACUCCUGGAUGUUGGAGUGAGGAGACGAAGGAGAAGAGGAGCACCCAGCAGCGCUCUGCCGCCCAGCUGAAAGAGCAGAUUGUGAAGCUCCGGCAGCGCAGUAAACCAGGAGGACGCCACCGCAGAGACAAGGACCGCCUGUCCCCCCAGCAGAGCAGCACCACCGCCUGCACCGCCCUCACCAGCACGACAGGCCACGCCUCCACAGCCGGCCUCUCGCAGCAAUUCUCCAUGUCGGAGAUGUCCAGCAUCACCGUGCCAACGCCGUCCAUCUCCAGGGUGCCGAGCAGCAUGGAGGGCAUCAACCACGAGCUGGAGAAGGUCUUCAUCAAAGAUGACGGGGAGAAGGAGGAGCUUACGUCCCUGGAGGUCCCCGAUGGCCGGCGGGCGCCCUUCCCCCCCCAGCAGCGCAGCAGCAGCACCCGCAGCAUGGACACCCAGACGCCCUGCUCCAGCCUGUCGCCCUGCCCCUCCCCCGCAUGCCUGCCGGGGUCACAUGACGGCAGCCCGUACUCCACGGAGGACCAGCUGUACGACCGGGACAAAGACGGUGGCAGCAGCUCUCCGCUGCCUAAGUUUGCCUCCUCGCCCAAACCCAACAACAGUUACAUGUUCAAGAGGGAGCCGCCUGAGGGCUGCGAGAAGAUCAAAGCUUUUGAGGAGAUGAGCAGCUCCAGGCCGCCCCCCUCGGCCCCGCUGCCCCUCUUCUCCUGCCCCGACAAGAACAAGGUCAACUUCAUCCCGACGGGCUCGGCGUUCUGCCCCGUCAAGCUGCCCGGCUCCCUGCAGCUCGCGGCGGCCCCGGGGCCCGACGGGGCGGCCGGCGGCGGCUCAGAGCCCCGGGGGGGGGAGGAGCCCCCCCGCUCGCCCUCAGAGACUGCAGACGACCCGGACGUCGGCUAGACCGGAGCGGAGCUGGUCUCUGGUCUGGGAUUCACCACGACCGCCACCACUGACUGUCCCACCCACCCACACCCCCCUCUGCUCCGCCUCUCUCUCUCUCUCUCUGCUGCUGCCCCCCCCCCCUAUUCUAUGUCUGCAUGACGAAACCACCACGAAGACCUCAGUGCUGAGCGGCAGGGAAAGGAGCUGCUGGUUGAAGGUGAUGGAGGGAAGACACGGAGGCCCAUGGCUGAGGGGGGGGGGGCAUGCAUUCUGAAAACUUAAAUUAUGUGUUGUGUUCCGUUUUCACCAUUCACAGGAUGAAUGAGCGCUCUAAACAUAUUCUAUAUACACAUGUAUCUCUAUGAAAAGAAAGACAAACGCUUGUUUCAAGAAAAACAGAAAUCCCAGGCGCUGUGUUCGUGUUCAACAACACAGACGCUCCCCUUCAGGAGGAGGGUCACACCGUCAGGUCACACCGUCAGGUCACACUGUCAGGUCACACCCCUCUGAGAAAACAAGGAAGUAAAUGCAAUGAGAAAAUAAUUUGGGCGAAAAGAAAAGAUGAAAGGCCUCAAAUUGGUAGCAGCGCCUCGCUUCAGGUAUCAAGAGUCUCCUCAGGUAAUCUGGAAUGGAUGAACAUGUUAAUAUUAGACAGUCACCCUCUUGUGUGUGUGUGUGUGUGUGUGUGUGACAAUCAAACUGAAGCAGGUCUGCAGACUGGAGGAGGUAGUUGUGUGAGCGUUUCUCCUGAAGUAGACAUGAUGUCAUCGAUGAGUUGAACCUCAGGAUUGAAUUGAGUGGAUUAGACUUAAUGCAGCGAUGCUGGAAUCAAUGUGUGAGAGAACCGUGAGCCGGACGUACCGUCAUCCCACCGAGAGGUGGAACCAACGACACCACGGAUAGCUCGGCCUCACCUGAAACUGGGGGACACCGCCCCCCCUUCCUGGCUCUGACUCCAGGCUUUAGAACACUAGCCUGUGAAGGGAGACGUUGGCCAAUCACAGUUAAACCCGAACCCCCCACCCCUUCCCCAACUCACUAACUCUCUGUGCGUCACUGUUUCCAGCUCUGCCGCCCCCUGGUGGCCAAAAGGUCACCAGGUGUAGCUCUAAAGAAUCCCGUGUGAGAGGGGAGACAGCGGUAGAUAAUAAAGCCUAACGCAGAACGCGUGCACAACUCUUCGCUCCAAUCUGCAUCCCAAACUGUUUCAUAGUCCACGUUGUUUAUAGACUAUUAAAAACAUUCCGUGAGAUCUUCUGCAUCCAAGACGAAGAAAAAAAAUAUAUAUAUAUAUAGAUACAUAUAUUUAUAUAUAUAUAUACAUAUAUAUAUAUAUCUCAAUAUAUAUAUACAUACAUAUAUAUAUACGUAUAUAUAUACAUAAAUUUAUUUAUUUAUAUAUUCAUAUUAGGGCUGUAAAUCGAUUUAAAAAACUUCGCUAAUUAAUCGCACAUUUUGAAGUUCAUUAAUCGCGAUUAAAAGUUUUUUUUUCUUCUAAAGACUAAAUCUUCUAAAUGAACGAGUAAUCACUUCAGACAGCGUGUAUUUCAGACACUUGUUUCAUUGUAUUCUUUUUUAAAGACAAAACUUCACACAGAGCUGUGUUUUCAAACUCAUUUUCUCUAUCGCGCCAGAUUACAGCAGAAAUAAUGUACGGUUUCUUUCCUUAGACGUGUUUGUUCUUUUAUUAAACUAAACGUCUGUUGCUGGUCGUCUCUACAGCAGCAUGUCAUUCUGUCUCGACGUGUCGGUCACUCUUCUAUUCUCCGUCUCGUCUCGCCGCAGAGCUCCAUGCCGGCGUGUCUGCGCGCGCAUCGGGCGGAGCAACAAAAAAAAAAGUCCCCUUUACCUUCCGCCCCGCGUCACGACACGUCGCCCUCUGCUUCUCUGUGAAUAUGGAGGAGCAGACGGGAGGAAGGAGGCGGACUGCCGCGGCUUGACAACUUCAACGACACCGGAAGUAAACAAAGUUGCGUUAAUUGCGUUAAAAUAUUUUAGUGCGUUAAUCGCGGCCAAAUUAAUCGCAUAGAUUAACGCAUAAACGCUGACAGCCUUAAUAUAUAUAUAUACAUUUAUUUAUAUAUAUAUAUCAAAAUAUAUAUAUAUACAUACAUUUAUAUAUAUAAUACGUAUAUAUAUAUACAUACCUUUUAUUUAUAUAUAUAUAUAUAUAUACAUACAUUUAUUUAUUUAUAUAUAUACAUAUAUAUGCCUUUUUGGUUUCUGAUAAGAGGACCCAGCGCCCGUCACCACCGAGCAGCCGGACGACGACUUCCACGUUGGUUACGGUGUCUGCGUGCCCCCCCCCCCCCCCCGUUCAUAUUUGUAUAUAUGAGUGUUUUAAAGAGGCUCGGUGUCACGUGGUUUUCUGGAGGCGUUCUGCUCCUCACCCAGAGUCUCGUCUUGCAUUCCUCGGGUUCUGGAGCGCGAGGGCAUCACUGAGGUCAGAGGUCAUCGGCCACGCGACUCUCCUCCUCCCUGCAGUGUGUUCAUGCACAAUGGCAAUAAAUAACAACAAAAACAACGCCUUCUGUCCUGGUGUGAAGUGAGAAUAAACAAAUACCUCCUGUACGUGAA